GGAUGGGGAAGUCGGGGAAGAUCGGGGACAAGAGAAAAGCGCGUUUUUCGUCUGGUCUGUAACGGGUUCCGCGCUACAUUUCGGGGAUAACCGGCGCCUUGAUCCGGACAUGGCAGCCCUUCACAACGUUCCCUCAGUUCGUCUGUCAUGAACAGCGCCUUGUACUUGCACACCAUCGCCGACGCGCGUGGAUUUUUUUUUCUUCCUCACUCCUUCUCCUCCAAACCUCCAUCUCCAACCGCCCCACAACCGCGCGUGCGGCCAGAAAGAUCCCUGGCGCGUUGCAGGAAGGUUAGGGGGGAAGAGAGGGAGGGUGGAGCAUGAAGAGGUAAAGUGGAUCUGGGGGGAAGGAGGAGGUCGGUGAAUGAGGGAAGGGCCUCUUGUAGUUUCCUGCAAACUUGGCAGGCCUGUAGCUCGGUGACCACAACAGAGGCAGAUCGUCUCUCUCACUCUCUCUGUGCGUAUCUCAUCCACCUCAUCACAGGAGAGAGAAACUUCGGGAGUUCUUCGCACCCUAUAAAGGAAGAGUGUUCACGUUCGAGACCAACAUUUUGUGUUUUAAAAAAAUUUAAAGUAAAAAAAGUGUUUCUGGGAGUUGGAAAGUUGUGAAGGUGCUUCUUCAAGAGCGGCGGCUGGUCCGUCGUUGGUGUUCACAGUGGUGUAGGUGUACUGGGGCGCGCUUGAACUGUGAAAGGAAAGUUUGUUUCCUCAAAAAAAGGGAUACUUUUGAAGGAAGGAAAAAAAGGGCGAGGAAAGUUGCGGUGUGAAGGGAAGCCAAUGAUGCGAGUGGUGUGUUUAUGGCACGAUGGGGAAACGAAACAGCAAGUUAAAGCCUGAGGAAAUAGACGGUUUGAAGAAGACCACUUACUUUUCUGAAGGCGAAAUCAAACAGUGGUACAAGGGCUUCAUGAAGGAUUGUCCAGAUGGGAAGCUGACACUUGAGGGUUUCACCAAGAUCUAUCAGCAGUUCUUUCCCUUCGGCGAUCCUAGCAAAUUUGCAUCCUUCGUCUUCAACGUGUUUGACGAAAACAAGGAUGGCUUUAUCGAAUUCCACGAGUUUCUGCAGGCGUUGUCUGUGACGUCACGAGGAAACGUGGAAGAGAAGUUAAAAUGGGCGUUUAAGCUGUACGACCUCGACAAUGACGGGUUCAUCACAAAGCAAGAACUGCUGGACAUUGUGGAGGCCAUCUAUCGCAUGGUGGGCGAAACUGUGAACCUGCCAGAGGAAGAAAACACACCUGAAAAACGAGUCAACAGGAUAUUCUCUGUGAUGGACAAGAAUCGCGAUGACAAGCUGACAUUCGAGGAGUUUCUGGAAGGUUCCAAAGAGGACCCCACCAUUAUCCAGGCCUUGACCCUGUGCGACGCCAGCCGCUGAAAACUGUCACGUGACUGGAAGUGAGCCUCAAGCUCGCGUGACUUUGGUCCUGGCACGACAAGAACUUUCCUCUUUUGCAUAAUCAUUACAAUCUCUCUAUUCGUUUGUCUGUUUGUCUCUGUCUUGCCCUUAUCCCUCUCUCUCUCUUUCUCUAGACUCUCUUUUUUUCUUUGUGUGUAAAAACUUAUAACAGCUGACAAAAAAUGUCAGUAUUGUCUUUCUUAAUUUUAAAUACCUCCAUACUUUACUCAUCUAAAGUGUCAUGUAAAUAUGUUCUUGUUUGUGAGGAAUGUUUUGCUUCAAACUGCCUCGAACCAUGAUUUUUGUUUUUAAAAAAACCUGACGGAUCAUAAGUAAUAUACCAUCAUCUUUUUGUUUUGUUUUGUUACUCAUCACAUAGUCUCUGACAUUUUCCUCCACGGAUGUCAAAGCAAGCAUGUACGAUGAACUUCUAUGAACUGACCGACUGAUGGCUUGACUAAGACAGUGUGUAGUGACAUGCGCAAGCGAAAAAGGUUUGAUGAAAAAGUUCUUGAUGACAAAAGCCUGCAGUCCUUUCUGAUCUUCUUCUGCAUCGUUCGUAGCUUGUAGCAUCCCUCUGUUCGGUGCGAACCGACACCGGUGAACACGUGUCUUGUUACAUCACAGCACCGCGCACAAACACAUUUUGGAACGUCACCGCGUUACGCACAACCACUAGUCUCAGAGCUGGCGAGGUUAGCGGCUUUUCUGGGUAGAUGUGUGCUUGAAGCCUUUAAUUUUAUUUAAUUUGAUGGGGUUUAAAGGCAAUGCUGUUGGAAAACUGGGCACUGCCGCUUGUAGUAAGCUUCCAACUAUUUAUUGCUGCUUUCAAAAGAAGCACAUAGACACCGAACCAAAGAAUUGAUCCUACAGAAUGUGAUUCGACAUCUUUUUUACCUGGGUGUGCCCCUAGACAAACAUUUUCCUUUUACGGGAACUGAAUAAAACCUUUCAGUGAACAUGGAACCACGAGCAAGUUAGAGAAAGGAGAUUAAAAUAUAAAACAGGUUUACCUCCUUGCUUUUUUUUUAAAUGACUGAAUGGGACUAGUAACAGAAAUCCCCAUUUUCGUACUUUCCAAUUAUCAUUAUAUUAUGCGCGGCGUUGGUUUUGAAUGCUGGGAUUAUUCCUUCCUCUGACAGCUGAUAGAAGAUUUACGGGAUUAAUAGCAGAGCACAUGAUUUCAUCUCGCGUAGAUAUUAAUAAACAGAUUUACGGUAUUGUUAAUUUGGUUCAGCAUUGGCUCGUUGAUGAAAGCAGUGCACCAGUAAAAUCAGGGUUCUACCAAUACUUAAAGAAAAAAUGACAUUCAACUUUUUGAAACCUUUUAUAGUCUUCAAUAAUACGACAGAAAUCAAGUUUACUUUACCGUACAAGAAAAUUAAUUUCUGUUCUCGAUGUAGUGCGUUUUUUCCAGGUUUGGGUUGCAUGUGAGCUCCUGCAUAUAAGUCAGUCAAGCGCAGGGUUGACUUAAGUUUGCUCUGAACAUCGACUUGCUACUUCAUCUCGGUGAGUUGAGACUCAUUUUCAAGACCACUCGUGCACACCAAGUAACAAUGAUGUUUGAAAGUCCGGCUUAAGACCUCACAUGCAGCCAAUCAUGGGGUUGGAGAACUUUUGCAACCCUUUGUCAAUCUUUAAAGCUAGAAAACUUGAUUAAUUUUGGGUUCAUCUUAGCUUCACUUCUUCAUCCCCAAAGCUUUGUAAAGGCUGACUUUUCAGUUCCUAAACAUUGUGGACUAGACUAUAAACUACAUUAUUCUCUAACCCCACCUAACUCACCACCAGCAUUAGUUUAGCAGGCUGUUUCCUGGUUGUCUACGCUUGUCACUUGAUGGAAUUGGCUUGCAGAGACUUUUGACAAAUAUAUCUUGCAGAUAAAAAUCCAUCAACUUUUUCACAAUAUGAACAGUAGCUUCCUCUUCAUUCCCUUGAAAGACUGAUGUCGGUUUUGGUUCAAUCAACAAGGGUGGUUUGCAUGAGCCUUCGUACCUCAGCCCCAUUCAUAAAAAUAUAAUUUAUACUGCUUAAUCACGAAUUUCCAUACAAUGUGGGUCCGUUAGGCGUGUGGGUUAAAAAGCUUUUACAAGAUACCCUUAGUUACAGCACAAAGACUUUCCUCUGACACACCUCAACAUUGAUGUUUUUAUUUAUACUUAAAGGCUUACUCGAGUGCAAAUUAUAUUCCAAUGACUGAGUGUAGUUUAUAUAAAGACAUUAAUUCCCGAAAUCUGAGCAAAAUUUUAUUUUUUGCCCACAAGCGUUUGAGCAUCACAGUUUUCACUUGGGUUUUGGAAAGAGUUUAAGACCUCGUUUCCGUGACGUCACAAAUGUGUCGAUCCCCUGAUUGGACGACGCAUUUUCUUAAAGCAAAUGCUCAAAGCUGUCGCUGUUAGUUGCAUCCGGACGCACCCAGGAUGGGUUACGUAGCUGAACACAGCAAUCAUCAUAUUGUUCGUCGUGUUGCCGGAAUGUUCUACUGCGGUUAUCUCUACAGAUGUUGAUAAGCAAGUCAUUUUUACUGGAUACUAAGGUAUGUGUGCAAGUUGCCCACAAAUAAUUUAAAAUUUAAAUUAUUGAAAUUAAAACUAAAAAGCCGUCACUACAUCCGCUGUAUGUUUAAGUUAUUUUGUUCUAUUAUUGGAUCCGAUCCCCUUCUCUUCCUUAUGUAGGUCGUUCUUGAAAACCAGAUUGUGCUAUGAAAUAAGAAACUUGUUCAUUUCCGUUACAGAGUAAACAUAUUUACUUUUAGUGGGGGUCAAAGCUGUCUGCUUCAUUUCCUUUAAUUUUUCACCAAAAGACCGAUAAGAGCAAGAUGAACACUAUUCACCAGCUUACUUUCAUUGCUCAGUUUGGUUGCUCUUCUUCCUUUGGUGUAUCAUAUACAUGACUAUACUGCUCAAAGACUGUACACUUGUAUUACAUCACCUGUUCGUACUGGGGAAAAAACAUUUAGUCCUGGUGUGAUUGAGUGUUCAUAAAAAUUGUCCAGUAAUGAAAGCGCCGGGACAGCCCCUUCACUCUUGAGAAAGCCACACUUGUAUAUGAAAAAAGAUGCGAAUUCGUAGUGUAAUCCUUCGACCAGGACUGUCAAUUCUUUUCCAACAUGAUGUAUCAUGCAUGCUUGCUUAACAAUAUAUCUCUGUGGAGGAUGAUUACCUGUCAGCAUUGAUGAUGAAGCUCAGCGAACUCGAGCAUCUAUUGGGAAACUUGAGUCAACCGAUAGAAGUUCGCACAGUGUACAAACAUAAUUUUUUUAAAGAACUUACUCAACAUUUGUGUGUGUGUCAAAAAUAAGUUCUGCCUUUGAUUGUUAAUCGUGAACCCAUGGAAGUAAAAUUUCAAAGUCCUUAGAUAUUUAUCUAUUUCAUUCCCCAGUACUUGAGUAAAAUAUUUUCGAAAUAGCUGAAAUCUUGGUAGAAGGAAAACUAAAUCUCUACACUCAAGAUGAGAAAUGAACUCACUGGAGCUUUUCACGUGUAUCAACACGACUUCUUCAGCAACUAGAAGCUAAGUCAGUGGUGUUCAGUGUGCACGACCCUGAAAUGACUGCAAGUCCAGCUGUUGGUCAUCAGCAAACAAUCAGGUUCUACUGAAAUCGGCAUUUCUGUGAGUCAGAAUUCACUUUAAAUGUUUCAUGAAAUUUAUCAUUCAAAAUGCCAAGACUUUAGGCGGUGGUGGGGUUGGGUGGGAAAUUUGCUUGGCUGCUUCGGCGAUUCGAAGUUAAGAGACUUUUUUUCCCUCGAGUCGCUCUUGAUUUGCAGGCAUGUCGACAAAGAAAUAAAAAUAUCUGCUCAGUUGAUUUAUUUUCCAGGCCGUCCACAGGUGUUUUUUGUUUGUGUUCCACGUGUCCAUCUCGUCAUCCAUGUGUGCGAUUUGCAUCCUUGUCGAUCACAAGAACGUUACCAUAUGGCAUAUCUGUAUGUAAGUGUGAUAUGUUCCCAAUUUUUCGCUUCAUUUAUUCAGCUGCCAAUAAACAUUUACGGUGACCAAA